AUGGCUCCUCUCGGAUACCUCUUGGUGCUCUGCAGCCUGAAGCAGGCGCUGGGCAGCUACCCGAUCUGGUGGUCCUUGGCCGUGGGACCCCAGUACUCCUCCCUGAGCACUCAGCCGAUCCUCUGUGCCAGCAUCCCAGGCCUGGUACCCAAGCAACUGCGCUUCUGCAGGAACUACGUGGAGAUCAUGCCCAGCGUGGCUGAGGGUGUCAAGGCUGGCAUCCAGGAGUGCCAGCACCAGUUCCGAGGCCGGCGUUGGAACUGCACCACUGUCAGCAACAGCCUGGCAAUCUUUGGCCCUGUUCUAGACAAAGCCACCCGAGAGUCGGCCUUUGUCCACGCCAUUGCCUCUGCUGGAGUGGCCUUUGCAGUGACACGCUCCUGUGCUGAGGGCUCAGCUGCCAUCUGUGGGUGCAGCAGCCGCCUCCAGGGCUCCCCGGGCGAGGGCUGGAAGUGGGGCGGCUGUAGUGAAGACAUUGAAUUUGGCGGGAUGGUGUCUCGGGAGUUUGCUGAUGCCAGGGAGAAUCGGCCAGAUGCCCGCUCUGCCAUGAACCGUCACAACAACGAGGCUGGGCGCCAGGCGAUCGCCAGUCACAUGCACCUCAAGUGUAAGUGCCACGGACUCUCCGGCAGCUGCGAAGUGAAGACCUGCUGGUGGUCGCAGCCGGACUUCCGCACCAUCGGGGACUUCCUCAAGGACAAAUACGACAGCGCCUCGGAGAUGGUGGUGGAGAAACACCGGGAGUCUCGUGGCUGGGUGGAGACCCUGAGGCCACGUUACACGUACUUCAAGGUGCCAACAGAGCGCGACCUGGUCUACUACGAGGCCUCACCCAACUUCUGCGAGCCGAACCCGGAGACCGGCUCCUUCGGGACGCGUGACCGCACGUGCAACGUGAGCUCGCACGGCAUAGACGGCUGCGACCUGCUGUGCUGCGGGCGCGGCCACAACGCGCGCACCGAGCGAAGGCGGGAGAAGUGUCACUGUGUUUUCCACUGGUGCUGCUACGUCAGCUGCCAGGAGUGCACACGCGUCUAUGACGUGCACACCUGCAAGUAG